ACUAUUACGGCAUUGUCAGUCAUGAUCUAUUUACUACACAGAUUUAAUUAAAUACCGGGUAUAUACUGUGAGAUAAAUCAAAGGAUUUAAAAUGCUUUAAACAUUGAUCGUGUAAAUUAUUAAUACACUACGACUCUUGUGUUUGAUUAUGAAAUAAUGAUCAUAAUUAAAUAAGCUAAUAAACUCUUUGUUGUCAAGGAACUACAAAAGCCACACAAAGGAAAACAGCCACAUAGAAGCUUACGAAAUGAAUGACAUCAAAGAGAAAGUACAGUAACCUAUUGUUCCUGUAGCCAUAUGUGAGCAGCGAAGGCAAAAUUAAUACCGAGGAGGACAAUUAAACAAGAAUCGGCGUCCAUGGCAAUAAUGAAGCAUUAUUCUCCUAUUACAACAUAUGAAUAUCAAAUUAAGAAAAAGACCUGAAUUAUUAAUACAUUGACUAAGAAUACUUAAAACCAUGGUUUUAGCUGAUACGAGUAAAGGUGAUAUAGGCUGGAAGAAAUGGCUUGUUGCCGGUUGGGCGUUCAUGGAAUGUUUGCUCUUUGCUGGAAUUAUGUUUGGAUGGCCAUCUUUAAACUUUGUACUGAAAUCAGAAGGUAUAUACGCCGACUUAUGUGAGGAUACAGCCAAUAGUUCUUUCUUGACUUAUUAUAUGGAAAAUAAUACAGCAACAGUUCUUAAUAUCCGUUUGUUAAAUGGCACAACAUCAUCAUCAAAUAAAGUAUUUAAAGCAUUGUCCAAUAUGUCUAGUCAAUAUACAAAGGAAGAAGCUUGUAAACCACAGGACGAUAAAAUGGCAUUUUGUUUCACCAUUGGAACUGUUGUUUACUGUAUCGGUUGUGCUGUAUUCGGUUUUAUCAAUUACAGGUUUGGAACAAUGGUAACACGAUUGAUAUGCAUGGUAUUCUUCAUAACUGGUACAUUGAUGAUGGCUUUUACCAGCAAGGAGAAUCCGUGGUUGAUGUUUCCAGGACUGUCUCUGAUAGGUACUGGUGGUAUGCCUAUUUUGGUGACAAACGUACAGGUAUCCAAUUUGUUCUCGAAGGGAAGUUCAGCAUAUGUAGGGUUACUGUGUGGAGGGUUUGACAUGUCGUCUGCUGUAAUGCUUCUUGUCAAGAUUGCAUAUGAGAAUGGUUUCAGCAGAAUGAACAUGUUUAUUAUUAUCACAGUAAUGCAUUGCCUUCUAUUUGUCAGCACAUUUUGUUUCCUUCCAAAAGAUUUUAUAACAAAGCCAGGUGUAAAGCAAGAUACUGGGAUUGAGAAUGAGGUUGGAAUAAAACUUCUUAAGAUAAAUAAUCAAACAGCUGUACAGCAACAUACUGUGGAUGAGAAGUUUGAAGAUGGCGGAGCUGAAAAAGAACCUCUUGCGCAACAUAAUGAAAUAGCUGAACCAGCUGUACAGCGAGAUUCUGUGUCAGAGAGUACUGGAGAUGGUGAAGCUGGAAAAGAACCUCUUAAGCAAACAGUCGUUGCCUUUACCUCUUUAUUAAAUUUUAGUUCAUGGAAGGAAAUUUUAAAGUUAGUUAACUUGAUAAUUAUUUCAGACGAGAGCACAGAAUCACCAAGUUUAUUAAGCUGUCUGAAACAGGGAAAGUUUGUUACUCAUACCAUUUGGCUCUGUAUUCUUCAACUGAGAUUUUUUUACAUUCUUGGAACACUGAAUCGGCAUUUAAAUAUACUCCUCGAGGAAGACGAAGAAGAAGUAAGUUCUUUCACAAACAUCAGUCUUUUUAUCAUGAUGGGUGGACUUUUAACGUCUCCGUUUGCCGGCUGGGUUUAUGAUUGGGUGAAAACAGUAUUUAAAGAUGGUAAUUCCCAGAUGUACAGGGAAAUAAUACCUGCAGUAUUACCAUUGGCUCUAGCUAGUGCUCUAUCUGUGAUAUUGUCUAUACUUGUCCUCAUUCCUGUAACUGAGGUUCUUUAUCUUACCUUCAUAGUGAUGACAGUAUAUAGAUCCUUUCUGUAUAGCACAGCUGCCGGAUUUCUCAGUGCCGUAUUUCCAAGUGAAUAUUUUGGUUUGUUGUUUGGAAUAAUGAUACUAUUUGGAGGUAUAUUCGGUUUGUUACAGUAUCUUUUAUUCUUCUGGGCGGAACAAUAUUCUGACGCUCCAUUCCAUGUAAGUAUUGUAUUCUCAUCUAGUCGUUUUGAUGAUGGAUAA